CUAUUCUCCCAUUGGAGCUCGCAUUCGCAGCCCCCGUCCUGCGCGAGAUUGGCAGGAAGGCAAAUUGCAGGUGUGUUGCGGGAGUGGGCGUGGAAGCCAAUCCGCUCCAGCUCCGGCACAUGCACGCACAGGUCGUGCCUUGGCUUUUUCCAACGUGCGCAGCUUCCAAGACAACGAGGUCGCUUUUGCUUUGCUCCCGGCGCCAAAAAUAUCGUCGGCUUUCUAAAAAGUCCACCUCUUCUCCGCCACUUGUUUUGACCUUGACAUUGACAUUUUGCGCUCGUGAUGAUGAACGAGGCCAAGAAAGAUGCCUUCGGGGGUGUCAACAGAAAAGCCGGCCUGCAGAUAUGGACCAUUAACAAGCUGAAGAUGGUGCCAGUGCCGGCCCAAAGCUUCGGCAACUUUUAUGAGGGCGAUUGUUACAUCGUGCUGCAUACGAGCGACAACUCGGGCACGGUGGACAUUCACUACUGGAUCGGGAAGGUCUCAUCGCAGGACGAGCAGGGGGCGGCGGCCGUCUACGUCACGCAGCUGGACGAGCACCUGGGCGGCACGGCGGUGCAGCGCAGGGAGGUGCAGGGCCACGAGUCGCCACGCUUCCGCGGCUACUUCAAAAAGGGCCUCGUCUACAAAAAGGGGGGCGCGGCGUCCGGUUUCAAGCACGUGGACACCAACGCCUACGACGUCCUGCGCCUGCUGCACGUCAAAGGGCGCAAGCACGUCACAGCCGCCGAGGUGGAGGCAUCGUGGAGCAGCUUCAACACUGGCGACUGCUUUCUACUGGACGCGGGCCAACUCAUCGUGCAGUGGAAUGGCGACAAGAGCAACAGGAGGGAGAAGCUCAAGGCCACCUUGCUGGCUCAGGAGAUCCGCGACCGGGAGCGAGGGGGCCGGGCUCGGAUCGGCGUCGUGGAGGGCGCCGACGAGCGCGACUCGCCCGAGCUCAUGGAGAGCAUGAUGGCGUCGCUGGGCCCGAGGAGCGCCCCGCUCAAGGCCGCCGUGCCCGACGACGACUCGGGGGGCGCGCGCAAGGCCGCCGUCCGGCUCUACCAUGUUUCCGACGUCAGCGGGAAUCUGGUGGUUCGGGAAAUCGCGACGCAGCCUCUGAGCCAAGACCUCCUGCAGUCCUCCGACUGCUACAUUUUGGACGACGGCGUCUCCGCCGUCAUGGUGUGGAAGGGAAAACGCGCCUCCGAGGAGGAGAGGCGGGGGUCUCUCAACCGGGCGGUGGUGAGCGAUGCGUGCGGCGAGCGGGCGUCGUUGGGUGCGAAAGUGUCGUCGCUAUUCCCCGUUCCUUGUCAGGCUUACAUCAAGGCCAAGAACUACCCGGCCAGCACCGGCGUGGAAGUGAUGUGCGAGGGCGGCGAGUCGGCCAUGUUCAAGCACCUCUUCAAGGAGUGGAGGGACAAGAAUCAAACGCAGGGCCUGGGCGUCACGCACGGCCUGGGCAAGAUAGCCAAGGUGGACCAGGUGAAGUUCGACGUGCUGGAGCUUCACGCCCGCCCCGAGCUGGCGGCGCAGCAGCGCAUGGUGGAUGACGCCUCAGGCGACGUCAAGGUGUGGCGCAUCGAGAAUUUGGAGCCGGCGGAGGUCGACCCCAGGACGUACGGACAGUUCUACGGCGGAGACUGCUACCUGGUGCUCUACACGUAUCGUGUGUCCGGCCGGGAGCGGCGCCUUCUCUACAUGUGGCAGGGGCGUCACGCCACCAAAGACGAGGUGACGGCCUGCGCCUAUCAGGCCGCGCUGCUGGACGCCAGGUACGACGGCACCCCCGUGCAGGUGCGGGUGGUCAUGGGGAAGGAGCCCCGCCACUUCCUGGCCAUCUUCAAGGGCAAACUUAUCAUCUUUCAGGGCGGCACAGGUCGAGCCGGCGCUGCGGAGCCCGCGGGCGGAGGACCCAGGCUCUUCCAGGUUCGGGGGACCAACGAGCUCAACACCAAAGCCACCGAGGUUCAGGCCAGGGCGUCGUCCCUCAACACCAACGACGUUUUCCUGCUCCAGAGCGAGCACUCGUGCUACCUGUGGUACGGAAAGGGUUGCAACGGCGACGAGAGGAUGAUGGCCAAGGCCGUUUCCGACGUGCUCUCCAAGCGCGACAAACAGGUGGUGAUGGAGGGCCGGGAGCCCGCCGACUUCUGGGUCGCCCUCGGAGGGAAGGCCCCCUACGCCAGUGACAAGAGUCUCCAGAGGGAGGAGCCGCUUCACAGCCCCCGCCUGUUUGAAUGCUCCAAUCAGACGGGCCGGUUCCGGAUGACGGAGGUGGACGACUUUGCGCAGAGCGACCUGGACGAGGACGACGUCAUGCUGCUGGACACCUGGGAGGAGAUUUUCUUGUGGCUGGGGAACUCCGCCAACCAGUCGGAGACCAAGGAGGCGUGGGAUUGCGCCCGCGAGUACUUGCGCACCCACCCGGCGGGCCGCCAGCAGGACACGCCCGUGGUCUCCGUCAAGCAGGGUUUCGAGCCCCCCACCUUCACCGGCUGGUUUAACGCCUGGGACCCCCACAAGUGGAGCGCGGGCAAGUCCUACGAGCAGCUGAAGAAGGAGCUGAACGGCGAGGCGUCGUUGUCGCAGAGCAUCUCGGAGCUGAUCGCCAGCUCUUUAAAUUCGGGCGGCGGGGGCCCCGCGAGCCCGUCUACUUUGUACACGAGUCGCGUCGGCGACUCGUCCCCUCACGCCGCCGGCGGGAGCGCAUCGCGGCCCCCCUCCACCACCGCCGGGGGGAAGGGCGUGGCCCCCGAGCUCCUCAUCGACAAGGCCGCCUCGGAGCUGCCGCCGGGCGUGGACCCCUGCCGCAAAGAGAACUUCCUGUCCGACGCUGACUUUGAACAGCUACUCGGCGUGGGCCGCUUCGAAUUCCAGCGCCUGGCGAUAUGGCGGCAGAAUGAGCUGAAAAAGAAGGCGGGGCUUUUUUAACACCACCACAGAGAACCAAUCGCUUUUUAGCAGCAACUGCGGAGGCCUGACACUGUAUGGGAGGGGGCGGGGGGUCAUUUCUUUUUGAAAAUCGAAGUCCAGCAAACCUGACGCGAUUUGAAAACUCGCAAUCGACUGAAUUUUUUUUUCUUUUUUUUUUUCUCAACCUCAUUGACGAAUUGUGUCCAUUUUUAGAAGUCAAGCGUUUAAAACGCCAAAGUUUGGCCACCCCUGCUCGAGAGGAAAAAGAUCAUUUCAUGUCCCAUUUGAUUCAAAUAUCCAGUGAAAGAAAUGGGGCCGCCUGCAACGGGCCGUGCGCGCUCACCGUUAUUUCAUGUUCAAGAAAUUGUAAGCCAAUUUGUAUUGCCAUAAAUAACGCUGAAGAAAAUGAUUUGACUUGUCGAUACCCGAAACGGCCCGCCGGGAAUAUUGGGCCGCUCCCGAGUUGCACCGAGGAUGAUGCAAUCGGGGUCAUUCGCUCGCAGGUAGCAAUUACCAUUCUGGCCCCCAAGAAACCCAAACACACAUAAACCGUUUUUUUUGGUUUUGUUUUACAAAAUGACAACACCUCGCUGAGGCUGAGGGUUUUAUUCAUGAAGCAGCGUAAAACCCAGUGACGCGUUGUCCAGUCGCAUUUUCACGCGGUUGAUGACUUGACAUCAUUUGGCCUGACAAAACAACAACAAAAACGUGGCCUCGCGAAGCUCGCCGAGACAAAAAAGAUGCGAAACGCCAUCACAUGUCUUGGGGUCAGAAAAGAGCACGCCUAUGAAUGAAAGACGUUAGUGCUGGUUGUCGUCCUUUCCAACCCAAGCUCGUGACCAUCAGUGGGACAAAUGCGUUCAAAUGCUCGUUGGUGGUUAUUCUGCAGGAGGAGCGGGGGAGAUAAAGAAAAAAAAUGCACUCAGAACUGGUUGGAGUGGCAACUUUGCUUUUCCCUUGCGUUAUUCGGCGUCCAGGAGCAUGACGUGCACGAAAAGGCCGGCCGCCGAGAUCAAGUCGCCGUUCUUGUUCAGGAGCGGAACGUGCCGAUAACCUGGGAAA